GGAGAAAGAAUAAACCCACAAAAAAUUAUAUGAGGAGCCAUCCUUGCCUCUAACAAGGUGUCCGACAUUGAAACUAAGCUACUGAUCAACUCUCACCAGAAAAAAAGAACUUAAAAUCAAGUUUAAUAUAUUUAAAGUAUAAAAUUUUUUAAAAAUAAUUACACCAUAUUUUUCAACUGUACCUCCCUAAAAAUUAUUUUUUCUAUUUUCCAUGUUGAACUCCGAACAAAACGUUAAGGACCAAUGCGAGUCAGACCCGAAAGGCCCACUCUGAAACAAUUUUCUAGCCCACUUUACUAAAGUGCGCCGAUUUUAUGUGCAGCAACUGUGAAUCGGAGAAACGGGAUGCCGACUUGCUGUUUUCGUUCGAAGACCACUGAGCAGAACUGAAAAGCGAAAACUGAAGAGAAACCUUUGCCGCUGAGCGAUCCCUUUGGCGCAAGAACGUGACAAGUUUCAGGGCUCCUGCUAUACUGCAACUUAGUGAGAGAGAGAGUUUACUUGUGAUACACUAAUGGCUGCAACUAAGACUCGGACCAGUAGCUUCACUCGCAAUGUACUGAGUGUGUCUUCGUCUCAGAUCCCCGGAGUCAAGUGUGGACCCAAUGGCACAUUCUUUGUUUCUUCUGGGAUAUCUGAUCUUGACAAGAUACUUGGUGGUGGGAUUCCUUUGGGAAGUCUAGUUAUGGUGAUGGAGGAUGCAGAAGCACCUCAUCACAUGCUUCUAUUGAGGAAUUUUAUGUCUCAAGGACUUGUUCAGAACCAACAUCUUCUUUAUGCUAGUUCCUCCAAAGACCCGAGAGGAUUUUUGGGUACAUUGCCUAGCCCCUCCUCGUCAAAAGAUGGCAAAUUGCGAAAUCAUGAUCCAGAACAGGACAAGGGAUUGAGAAUAGCUUGGCAGUAUAAGAAGUAUUUUGGUGAAAAUCAGCAGAGUUUUGAUGGCCACAGAGAUAGUAAGCAAGAGUUCUGCAAUGACUUUGACUUGCGGAAGCCAUUGGAGAGGCAUUUUUUCAGUGGACAGUGUGUGGAUUGUGUUAGUGUCAAAGAUUCUCCAAAUCUUGCUGCUUUGCGGGACCGUUGUACCCAAUUUUUAGCUCAAUUUCGUAGAAAAGAUGGCAGCAUAUCUUCUGUUGGUCGUAUUGCAAUUCAAUCAUUAUGUGCUCCACAAUGUGAAUAUUCAAACACGGAAUGGGAUGUGCUUUCCUUUAUUGGUUAUCUGAAAAGCAUGCUGUGGUCUGCAAAUGCAGUUGCUGUUGUUACCUUUCCACCUUCUCUUCUUUCAGAAACCUUCUGUAAAAGAUUGCAGCACAUGGCAGAUAUUUUACUUUCUGUCAAAGCAAUCCCAGAUGAUGAUAAGGAACUGGCAAAACUCCUUACUGGUUACCAAGACAUGGUUGGCUUCCUUAAUGUAUACAAAGUAGCGCGAAUCAAUACUCAGGUUCCUCUGAUUCUUGAGGCAACGACAUUCUCAAUAAAAUUGCAAAAGCGCAGGUUUUUGGUUUUAGAAUGUCUAAAUCAAGCUCCUAUUGAUGGUUCAAGUGGGGCUUCGUAUGGAACAUCUGGUAGUUGUUCUGGAUCCUCCAAAACUGGCACACUUGAUUUUUAAUAACAUCUCCAUAUCGCUGGCAAGUGAUCCACCUCAUAGAAGUCACAUGCUAAGAGCUGGCCAUGAAUGGAAGAUAAUUCUUGAAUGCAAACCAGCCUUCAACACCAAAAACAGGGUCGGCCUUGCUGCCUGCGCAUAUGCCUUAAGUUUCUUAACAUCAUUUGUCCCAUAGAGCAAUAUUAUUUGUUGUGGCUUUGCAAGGUAGAGCUGAUAUAUAUAUAGAUACAGGAUUUGUAUCACUUGAGUUGUAAUGUUUCUCUCUAGUGUUAUAUUUUGGUCCA